GCCCGCGGCCGCCGCUCCGACGCGCUUUAAAGCCGCAGAGGGAGCUCUACUUGCCCCGUGAACAUGGCCGCCUCCGUGAGGAGAGCAGCGCACGACGUGGACGCGCGGAAGCGGACCGACGAUGUGCUCCUGUCAGAGGGACUGGACUUCGGCUCCCUGCUGCUGUCGGCCGCGGUGCUGGACGGGCUGUCCUCCGCCGGCUUCCGGAAGCCGUCCCCCAUCCAGCUCAAGGCGAUCCCGCUGGGCCGCUGCGGACUAGACCUGAUCGUUCAGGCCAAGUCCGGCACGGGGAAGACGUGCGUGUUCUGCACCGUGGCCCUGGACUCGCUGGUCCUGGAGAACCCUUCGACUCAGGUGCUGGUCCUGGCGCCCACGAGGGAGAUCGCGGUGCAGAUCCACGGGGUGGUGAUGGCCAUCGGCUGCACCAUGGAGGGCCUCGAGUGCCACGUUUUCAUCGGGGGGCGACCCGUGAGUCAGGACAAAGCCCACCUCAAGAGGUGCCACGUGGCGGUGGGCUCGCCCGGCCGCAUCAAGCAGCUGAUCGAGCUGGGCAUGUUGUCCACGUCCAGCAUCCGGCUGUUCGUCCUGGACGAGGCCGACAAGCUGCUGGAGGAGGGCAGCUUCCAGGAGCAGAUCAACUGGAUCUUCUCCUCUCUGCCGCUGAACAAACAGAUGCUCGCGCUCUCUGCCACCUACCCAGAAUCCCUUGCUCAGCACCUGACCCGCUACAUGAGGGAGCCCACUUUUGUCCGACUCAAUCCUGGCGACAUGGGCCUCAAAGGUCUGAAGCAGUACUACAAGCUGGUGCCGUCCCAUCCUUUCCCUCACAAGAUCUUCCAGGAGAAGGUGCAGCACCUGUUGGAGCUCUUCAGUAAAAUCCCCUUCAACCAGGCUCUGGUGUUCUCCAACCUCCACACCAGGGCUCAGCACCUAGCAGACAUCCUGUCCUCCAAAGGACUCCCUGCUGCUUGUAUCUCAGGCGGUCUGAGUCAGGACCAGAGACUGGAGGCCAUGUCCAAACUGAAGCAGUACCAGUGCAGGGUGCUGAUCUCCACUGACCUGACCUCCAGAGGCAUCGAUGCAGAGAAGGUGAACCUGGUGAUAAACCUGGAUGUGCCUCAGGACUGGGAGACCUACAUGCACCGCAUCGGCCGGGCCGGACGCUUCGGCACUCAGGGGCUGGCUGUGACCUACUGUUGCCAUGGCGAGGAGGAGAAUAAGAUGAUGGCCAUCGCCCAGAAGUGCGGCCUGACUUUGUCCCCGUUGCCACUCGCCAUUGGGCCGGGUCUGAUGGACGAGCCGUGUGACUGGGACGUCUGCACCGACGCGUCCGCUCCGGGCGCCGCCGUGCCGCAGCCCCCCUCCCGGACGCAGAGGAAGAAGAAGCCGCCGCAGCAGAGUCAUCAAACCACGGAGCACAGCGGCCUCACGAGGCCCGACAGGAACCUCCCAGAAGGCCCGGCGGCGCACGGCGAAGGACGGCCCGGGAAAGCGUCUCCCGCCGAGGACGCUCCCCUGCGGUCUCCUGCUCCCACUCUGGCAGCGGCGACCCGCAGAGCGCAGCAGGACGCUCUGCCCAAGAUCCCUCCCCUCAGCUCCUUCAAGGGUCACAGGUCGGGGUUCGUGACCUUGGAGGAGGCCGAGCAGGACUUCUACGGCUUCAUCACGGCGGGGGAGGGGAGGUCGGUGGAGGUCAUCAGGGAGUUUGGAGGCGGAGACGACGGGGACGGGCACAGAGAGUCCUUCACGCUCAGCGAGGGUGAAAGUUUAAAACUAAAGGGGGGGCGGUGGACACCUAACCUUUGGCCUCCUAGGGCGGCUUCUGGUUCCUCCAGCUCGCUACGGGACGAAGACACUACGACCGGUCAGACCGAAGAAGACCAACGUAUGGCAUUCAAGACCCAAGGUCCUCCAACGCCCGCGGCAUCCAAACCGAAGGCGGACGCCGCCCCACCCGGAGCCGCUGCCACGGCCGACACCGUCCACAGGACACCCUGCAGGCCCGAGACCGCAGGACAAGAAACCAGGAGGGGGAAGGAGAAGCCUGGGAGGGGGAGGAGCAAGAAGACUUUGGACCAGAAGAGAGACAGGGACGAUGACGCUUAUGAUGACGAUGAUGAGGAAGAGGACUGGAGCCCUGAAGCCUACUGGAGAGCCAGCUUCAGAGCCUGGAACAACUACUAUGCCUCCAUGUCUCCUUUCCAGGAGCGAGGCCCCCAGAGCUACUACAGCGCCGCCCAUGACUGGAUGGCAGCGUACCGCAUGAACGCCGUCUACAUGGAGGAGCUCCUCAGGCGCUGACGUUCCGCUCCUCAGGCCUCCCAUCGAUGAGGGAGGUUCAUACUGUGUAUUUUCUAAUAAACGACCUGUAUGCAGCA